AUGUCUGUUCCUGCCUUCUCCGACAUUGCCAAGCCGGCCAACGAUCUCCUCAACAAGGAUUUCUACCAUCUCUCUGCCACCACCUUCGAGUUCAAGGACACCGCCCCCAACGGUGUUGCUUUCAAGGUUACUGGCAAGUCGAGCCACGAGAAGGCCACCUCUGCUGCUAUUGAGGGAAAAUACACCGACAAGCCUACCGGUACGGCAUCACCAUCUUUUUCUUCAACACCUUCUUCGCUUUCACCAUCUCAGUCUCCACAACCCAUACCCAAACCCCGCCGCAAACAGAAUCUCCCCUCUCUCAGCGUCUCGCGAAUCCUCGGGCCUAAAUCAGGCUGGCCGGUCGGAUUUGCGACGUUACUUCAACCUGGCUAUGCUCAGCUGCUAAUGUUCUAUUCCCGUACAGGCCUGACCCUUACCCAGACCUGGAACACCGCCAAUGCUCUCGACACCAAGAUCGAGGUCGCCGACUCCCUCGCCAAGGGACUCAAGCUUGAGGGUCUCUUCAACUUCCUCCCUGCUACCGCCGCUAAGGGAGCCAAGUUCAACCUCCACUUUAAGCAACCCGGUUUCCACGGCCGUGCCUUUUUCGAUCUCCUGAAGGGCCCUGUUGCCAACGUCGACGCUGUUGUUGGCCACGAGGGUUUCCUGGCUGGUGCCUCCGCUGGUUAUGAUGCUAACAAGGCUGCUCUGACCGCCUACAGUGCUGCUGUUGGCUACGCUGCUCCUCAGUACAGCGCUGCCAUCACCGCCUCUGAUAACCUCAGCGUCUUCGCUGCCUCUUACUACCACAAGGUCAACUCACAGGUCGAGGCUGGUGCCAAGGCUACUUGGAACUCCAAGACCGGUAACGCUGUCGGCCUUGAGGUUGCCAGCAAGUACCGCAUCGACCCUGUCUCUUUCACCAAGGUCAAGAUCAACGACCGUGGUAUUGCUGCCCUUGCCUACAACGUCCUCCUCCGAGAGGGCGUCACCUUGGGUCUCGGUGGCUCUUUCGACACCCAGAAGCUCGACCAGGCUACCCACAAGCUCGGUGCCAGCUUCACCUUCGAGGGCUAA